CGUUCUCAUUCGUACAGCGCUCACCAGAUUUAUGGCGGCUCCUUAUCUCAGUUGGCCCAAGUGCCACUUCGCCGAUGAUGUACUCCAAUCAAAGACUCCAAUGCCCUUGUGCUGUCGGCCAGCGCAGGUCACACGGACCCGUCUCUUGAUUGCUGCAUCUUGACAAAAGUCGCUCGACGAUACCAACGUCAAAAGGGUAAAAGAGAGAAACAUCUCCAUCUUUGAUACGAGAAUCGUUACAAUAUCCCGAUACAUAUCUCGGACGGAAGUACAUAUUGUUACUACCCACCGCAACACGCUGCUUACUCUCCUUCGUUUACUUGACUCGGGCCUUAUCAAUAUCGCCCCUCAAAGUCCCAGAUAGGAAGUUGGCGCUGAAGUAAACGGAGCAGACGGAGCGACUGAGAGUGCUGCGGCAGUGUUUCGGACACGCGUCGACAACCCCAAGAUCGACCUACCUAGAACUACCUAGUCUCCCACUUCUAGCAAUAAGAACUUGUUACAAAGUCUUCGUUGCGUGCCAUCAUCGAACAGUCCUUCGCUCAGGCAUCCUUCCAUCCACCGCUAGAAAACAGAGAGCCGUAUCUGAAACACGGACGGUCACCAUCUUUAUCUCUCUCUCCAGUCUCUGACCUUGGCCUUGACCUUACCUCCGACACCACGGACUGAACUGCGCUCCAGUAUCUCCACGCCGAUUGUGCUCUAGAAAGAGGUCUGGGCUACCAUUACAUCAUCACCACAGGCACCACCUCUACUGCUUAACGGCCAUGUCGAAUGCGGGCAAAGACUCGGGAAGGAACUCACCGGUCCCGGGUAAUAUCCCCGUCCGCCCUUCUUCGCCCGGCGGUUCUUUUCGCCCCGGCUCCUUCCGUCCCAGCUCGUUUCGCGCCCGUGAGCUCGGCACGUCGAUACCACGCGCUGAUAGCAUCGCGCGCCUCGCCACGCCCGUACUACCACAACAACAGCCGUCUGGCACUCCAACACCUAUUCCGAUAGAGCGAGGUGAUGCUGGCGCCUUGCCACCACUUCCCGGCGCCGGGUCACAGUCUGCUGGCCCCGGUGUUUCUGCUCUAGCCGCUGCCUUGUCCAACACCUACGGAGCCUCGCCACCUCGCUUUGGCACUCCUCCUGCGCGCGCCCUCUCCCCUGCCCCUUCGGCUGCCCAGCUCCAAAGAUCCGCGACGCCCACCACGAACUACGGCUCCUUCGAGACAAGAUCAAGGUUACCGUCCACCGGUAUCAACGGUUUCGGAGCAUACGAAGAUCCUGAGAUCAUCAAGAGACACUUGGUCCAACCUGGGGAUAGCGCUGGGGAGGAGACAGGCGAGAGAUCCAAGGGCAAGCAGCCUGCCGAAGACGACGAUGAGUUCUCGAGUUUGCAGUUACAGGGUGGUGACAUCACGCGCCCUAUAUACAGAUGGGCGGAGGAGAUAGAACAGCGCAACAAGGCCAAGCGCAGCCACAGUUUCAGCUACCCCAGGCCCGAGCCAGAAAAUGAGGUUCUGGAUAUCAACUCAAUCAAAGUCCCUGGUGGCUUCCGGCGCAAUUACCUGCGGAGAAACGCGAGAGACCCCUCGGCUCAUCCUGACGACUCCGAAAACGGUGCGGGCCAGGGUGCGCCACCGCCGAGGUUACUGACGACUAGCUUCCUCGAAUUCCUUUCUUUGUACGGACAUUUCGCCGGUGAGGAACUCGAGGAAGACGAUGAAGUGCUCCAGCCAGGCGAAUACUUCACCUCCGGAAGCGACGAGGGCGAGUGGUGGAGUGACGAGGGCUCUGUUGAUGAUCACGAGCCCAUGGAGGACAGCACACUGUUAACGCCGUCUCGACGUAAGAGGAGAAGGAAGGAGCGUGGUGGGAGUGGCCGAAAUAGUCCCAUGAGCGCGGCAAUGCUUCUCCUCAAGUCCUUCGUCGGUACAGGUGUUCUCUUCCUCCCCAGAGCCUACCUCAACGGCGGCAUGGUCUUUAGUAACGCCGUGCUCCUCUUCGUGGCGGCUCUGAGCUACUACUGCUUUGUUCUCCUCGUCUCCACUCGCCUCAAGGUGGAAGGAUCCUUUGGUGACAUUGGUGGUAUUCUCUAUGGCAAGUGGAUGCGAAACCUGAUUCUCUUCUCCAUCGUCAUCAGUCAACUGGGUUUCGUGGCGGCUUACAUCGUCUUCACGUCGGAGAACUUGCAAGCAUUCAUCCUUGCCGUCACCAAUUGCAAGACCUACAUCUCUAUAUCAUGGCUGAUUAUCAUGCAAAUGAUCAUCUUCCUGCCGUUCUCGCUGCUGCGUGAUAUUGGCAAAUUGGGAUUCACUGCGCUUAUUGCUGACGCCUUCAUCGUCAUCGGUCUGGCCUACCUCUUCUACUACGACGUCCUGACUCUCAACACCUCGGGCCUGGCCGACAUCAUCAUGUUCAACCAGAAGGACUGGACCCUUUUCAUCGGCACCGCCAUUUUUACCUUUGAGGGCAUCGGCCUCAUCAUCCCGAUCCAGGAGUCCAUGAGAAACCCGGAGAAGUUCCCCAAGGUGAUGGCCGUCGUCAUGAUCAUCAUCACCACUUUGUUCACCGUUAUGGGCGCCGUCUCCUAUGCCGCCUACGGCUCCAAGACCGAGACAGUCGUGCUCCUCAACUUGCCCCAGGACAACAAAAUGGUCAACGGCGUGCAGUUCCUCUACUCGCUCGCCAUCCUGCUUUCGACCCCACUGCAGAUCUUCCCCGCCAUCAGGAUCACGGAGAAUGCACUCUUCACGAAGAGCGGAAAGUACAAUCCGUAUAUCAAGUGGCAGAAGAACGUGUUCCGCUUCUUUGUCGUCGCUUUCUGCGCCAUGGUUGCAUGGGCGGGUGCCGAUAACUUGGACAAGUUCGUCGCACUGGUCGGUAACUUUGCUUGCAUCCCGUUGGUGUAUAUCUAUCCGCCGAUGCUGCACUACAGGGGCGUCGCCAGAAGCGCUCUCUGGAAAUUCUCGGAUGUUGCCCUGUGCGUCUUUGGCUUCAUUGCCAUGGCGUACACGACUACCUUGACUGUCAUGAGCUGGGCCGGCGCUGGAGAGGGCGGAGAAUCGCCUGGCUAUUGCGAUGCUAAGGGAUUGAACCCGUAAAGGCGUGCAAACGUGUACGUAUUGAUCACGGAAUGAGUCAUGAGUAUCCUCUUGAUUAUAUGGGACGAGCGUUGGGGUUUAUCAAGAACAAUGGAUCCGACGAUAUGAUUAUGGUUGUAUAGAAUGAAAGGAAAUCAUGGGAUAGGGGUCGACAUGAUGAGAGCAAGACAUAUGGGUUAUGACUAGAUGAUUGUGGGAUGGACUACACUGUAGACUUGAUGGGAGUGAGCAAUCUGUUGCCGAGAAGCAUGUCUAGAGUUUGUAUUGCAUCGUGAGGGAAGCGUUUCCCUGUUUGUUUGAAGAAGCUCGUUACCAUAACGAUGGAGCGAGAAUAGUUUGACUUUUGAAUAAAUUGAUUAGUCUGGCA